AAAAGGAGGAGAGAGGGAGAGGUACAAUAUAGAAGACUCUUCCCCCUUCUUCCUUCGCCCAGCCUGCGGAGAAGAGUCCAGAGAGUCCAAGGUCGCACAGUCCUCUCUGCUGCCUCGCUCGCUGAAUGGCUGGCGGUCCGCAGCAUCCCCGCCUCUGGCCACAGCAGCCACAGGUUUACCGUUCCCGGCAGCAGCGCCCCUCCCGAAGCCAGCCGAGGCUCCCUACUCUCUUCUGCACCCACCGCUGCCCCGAGCACUUCCCCGCUUCACUUCUCGCCACUCCCCUGGAGGUCGCUCUCCUCCCAAGGACCCCCUCCCCCAAGAGGGCGCUUUGGCCACCAGAGACGCAGCAGGAGUCUUUUCUCCCUGAGGGCCAGGAGGCCCGCAGAGAGCCUGAAAGCGGGAUCUAGUUACAUGGGGUAUUAAUUAGUCUUUGAGGAAUCGUUCACCCACGUGCCAAUGUAAUUGUCUGUGUCCGGACUGUGGGCACUGCCAGCCGCGGCCAGGAGGAGAAAACCCUCGCACUCACGGCGGGGCGCAGGAAGCGCGCUCUGCGGAGCGUCCCCCGGUGGCGGGGCAGGACCUCGGACAGCGCCCACGACUCCGGUCCUUAGUCGCUUUGGGGCUUUCCAGCCUUGCUGGUAAAACUGCAGCUGCCUCCAGCACCAGCAGCUUCCCAAUUCUCGCCACCACACCCCUUCUUCUGGAACUGGGACUCAACGCGCCUGUUGUGUGGCUUUUAUCUCUUCCGAAAGGCCCGCGUCUUAUCGCUCAAGUUCAAGUCCGGAAGACUUGCCCAGUCUCUUCCCCCCACCCCCCCUUAAGUCAUUCUCCAUCCUCUGCCACGGCAGAGAGCCCGGAGUCCUGGGCUGCUGGUGUUAGUGCCAGCACAGGCAGCCCGGGUCGGUCGGGUGCAGCAGCCCGGCGCCUUCGCCUCUCUCCCUCCCUGCCUUUCUUCUCCUGUCGUCUUCUCUAUCUGCCCCUCCUUCUCCUGCCUCUUAAGUUUCCUGCACCCGGAAUCCAACUGUGCCAAGCCUAGGCUCCCGCGGACCAAUCCGGAUUGCGACCCCGGGCAGGGGGACAGCGACUCCGCCGAGGCUGGACGAGGCAGCUGGACCCGUCCUCCCUCGCCCGAGCAUGGAGACGGAGCUCCAGGGAGGGCACGUCCCGGGCGCUGGAGACGCCAGGCCGUAGUAGCUCCUCCAUGGAGCCCGUUCAGAGCGGUCCUUGCUCGCUGCAUUUGCCUCCAGUCCUGUGCGGCUGCUGAGAGCGCUCCCUGCUCUGUAAAGUGGAUGUCAGGUGGAUCUAUGUUUUUGAAGGAACAAAGACUCAGCCAAGGCACCGCCAAGGAAGUUUGAGAGGAGGGAGGAUGCAGGCUGCGGGCUGGUACGUGCUUCUCCUCCUGCAGCCCACCGUCUACUUGGUCACGUGUGCCAACCUAACAAACGGUGGAAAGUCGGAACUUCUGAAGUCGGGAAGCAGCAAAUCCACACUAAAGCACAUAUGGACAGAAAGCAGCAAAGACUUGUCAAUCAGUCGGCUCCUCUCACAGACUUUCCGUGGUAAAGAGAAUGACACAGAUUUGGACCUGCGCUACGACACCCCAGAACCUUAUUCUGAGCAAGACCUCUGGGACUGGCUGAGGAACUCCACAGACCUUCAGGAACCUCGGCCCAGGGCCAAAAGACGGCCCAUUGUUAAGACCGGCAAGUUCAAGAAAAUGUUUGGAUGGGGUGAUUUUCAUUCCAACAUCAAAACAGUGAAGCUAAACCUGUUGAUAACUGGGAAAAUUGUCGAUCACGGCAACGGGACGUUUAGUGUUUAUUUCAGGCAUAAUUCCACUGGUCAAGGGAAUGUAUCUGUCAGCUUGGUGCCCCCAACAAAAAUCGUGGAAUUCGACUUGGCACAACAAACCGUGAUUGAUGCCAAAGAUUCCAAGUCCUUCAACUGUCGCAUCGAAUACGAAAAGGUUGACAAGGCUACCAAGAACACACUCUGCAACUACGACCCUUCAAAAACCUGUUACCAGGAGCAGACCCAAAGUCAUGUAUCCUGGCUCUGCUCCAAGCCCUUCAAGGUGAUCUGCAUUUACAUUUCCUUUUAUAGCACGGACUAUAAACUAGUACAGAAAGUAUGCCCUGACUACAACUACCACAGUGACACACCUUACUUCCCCUCAGGAUGAGGAUGAACAGGGCCUGAGACUGAAGCCUGAGAAACUAAAGGUCAUAGGACAGGGCUGUUACCUCAAGGAAGAAGGUCACAUCUGUUGCCUGGAAUGUGUCUACACUGCUGCUCUUUUUGACUGGUGCAAACACGCUAGUGGAAAACAGUCGAUGUAAUUUCUGCACAGUCAGCUUCAUCUCUCAGCGUAGUUGUAAAUCACCA